AGGAGCACAAAGGCACAACGGCGUCGUAAAACCGCACCAAGUCUAGAAAUAUGAAAUUCACAACGCGAUAAACAAACUUCCGAGUAAAGCUAAUAAUCCUCAGAACAGCGGUAAUAGUUAUAGAUUUACAGUCAGGAGUGAAACGAAGAUGAAAACAAAAAAAUAUGCCACCACCGAGCCUUCUCAAAGAUGGCUCCGAGAAGGAAAGCAUGGCGCAUGCCCAGAAGUCGCUCCGCGCAUGCGCACAAGCCGUCCUACGCCAAUUUGCGCCAACUCUGUGCAGAGGAUGUGGCGAGCAGGCAUUAUUUUUAUUCCACCCGCAUUUAAACAGGUCCCGCCUCCUGUUACAGGAUUGGCUGGUGGUUUGCACUGACCGAUUGGUUGACUGAAUGCAAGAAUGAAGGUUUAGCCAAUCAGAGCGCAGACGACCUGAUCGUAGUAGCCAAUCAACGCGAAGGAAGGCGGCGGUUUAGUCGGAAUACGGGUGGGGAAAAAAUAACGCGCGAGCAUCAGUGUUGUCGAGUUUGGAUGCAACAGCGUUUAUUCAUGACAACAAUGAUCUCCGCCGUUAUCCGGGACGCUUUCAUGGAGUAAACGGGCGUUUUUAAAGCUCUGGUGUGCAGCUAAAGCUUUGUUUUUUGUCCCGGAGCUGAUGUUUUGUUUGUCGCAUCAUGGACGGGGGCGAUUUGGCGUCUUUAUCCCGCAUCUGUGCUCGCUACGAUCGGAGCAGGAGGAACAGGCGAUACCCAGGCUAGGCCUCAGCUAGGCCAAACACUGCGGCUGGCGGAUUUAUUUAUACAAACUGGCUUCUGCCGCCUGACACCCAGACAGCUGUUUUUGUAGCUGUUGCAGGGCAAAUACAUCUGUUUACUUGGAAGUUACUGUAUUCUGGAAACCAGCGGUUGUUUUGUCUGAUUGGGGCGUUAGAGGACUGUUAGCCCCGCUGCUAUUUAAGAUGGCUAAAUAAUCAGCUAGCAUAACAUUGGCAUUGGAACGAAUAGAGGAAUAUUUUAAACUCAACCCGCAGAGGAUUGUUUACACGCCGCGUGUGUUUCUCUGAAAGGAGGCUCGUUUUUGGAUAUAUAAAGAUCCCAGACGUUAUUUGUUUGCAAAGGUUACAGGACUUUAAACCCUCUCUUUACAGGAUCCUUAUAAUCGGCUAGCUGGAGUAGCUUAGCCUUAGCCGAUCUGACUGCUAAAGCUCAACUGGGUGAAUGUGGGAUAAAAUGGAGACCCCGACUAUAGUGUACGAUCUGGACACCUCCGGCGGCCUUAUGGAGCAAAUCCAGACGCUGCUCGCGCCGCCGAAGUCGGAAGAAGGUGAGAAACGGAGCCGGAAGUUGGAGAGGAGCAGCAGGAGAGCAGGACGCGCGACCAACCACGACACCUGCGACAGCUGCCGAGAAGGAGGCGACCUGCUGUGCUGCGACCACUGUCCCGCCGCCUUCCACCUGCAGUGCUGUAACCCGCCACUGAGCAGGGAAAUGCUCCCCCCUGGAGACUGGAUGUGCCAUCGCUGCACAGUUCGUAAGAAGAAGCGAGAGCAGAAGAAAGAGCAAAUCAACGGCCUCAUGCAGGCCAAGCAGACUCCGUCCCCUGCCGCCGAGCUGGACCUGGGCACCCUCCGUCUGGAUCCCACCGCUGCUGGCACGGGCCUGCGGGCCGCCGUGGCUCAGGUGCGACUCCUGGAGAGGAGACCGAGCAGCCGUCCGGCCACACCCACCUCCAACGCCUCCUCCACAGACACGCCCACGCCCUCGGAGCACAACGACGUGGAGGAGGACCUGUUGGACGUGGAGGACGAGGCGCAGGGCUCAGAGCCUGAGAGCGGGCCAUCUACGCUCAAGAGGCCCUUUGACUUGCUGAUUGCCGCCGCCAUGCAGAGGAACCCCACGCAGUUCCAGCUACCCAACGACCUCACCUGCACUACCGCACUUCCAGGAACCAGUAAAAAGAGGAGGAAAGAGGAAACGACAGGGAAAAACGUGAAGCGGCCGCAACACGAGCUGGACCACUAUGGGCUCGUCCCACUGCCCGUCAAAGUGUGCUACACCUGCAGCAGGAGCUGUAGGCUGGCUCCGUUGAUCCAGUGCGAUUAUUGCCCCCUCUUGUUCCACAUGGACUGCCUGGACCCUCCGCUCACAGCCAUGCCCACGGGCAGAUGGAUGUGUCCCAAUCAUAUUGAGCACUUGGUGCUGAACCAGCGCAACCUGACUCUUAGCAACCGCUGCCAGCUGUUUGACCGGUUUCAGGACCGCAUAUCCCAGCAUGCCGUGAAAGUGGACUUCCUGCAGCGAAUACACCGUCAGCACCCUCCUACGCGAAGAGCACCUCAUAGUCACGCCAAGAGAACGGUGAAGGUCCCAGAUGCUAUCAAGUCACAGUACCAGAACCCACCUGCGAUGAUGCUGCCCGCUGGAAUCCGGGACGGUGAGCUCAUCUGCUCAGGUGCUUCUGAAGCCUCGCCAUCCAACCACUUAAGCAGCAAUGAAGAGCAACAACAGUGGCUCAGGGACGUGAUCUCGCUCCAGUGUAGCAUCAUGCGCCAUUUGUCUGCCAAGCAGACGUCAUCCUCGCCAUGCGACUCUUCGCAGGCGGAAAAGACGGACCUUAAGGACCCCGACUCCCUGAAUUUGCAUUCUUCCCACAGCAUGGACACGACAGCCUCGGGGAAAACGCCAGAAUCCCUCAGCCUUAACUCAGAGGAGCACAGAGUGUGCAGCUCCUGCGCUGAAAAACCCUGUCAGAACUGCGGCACCAGCAACGGUCCUGUAGAACGGCCGGCCCACACCAACGGCAAACUCGGGCAGGCGUGUUCCACUGCCCCUGAGGACUCGGAUGCACCCCGUUCACACACUCCCUCUGUCCUGGCCCUACCUAAUCAUGCCGGCCCUGCUCUCAUAAAGACUGAAGACUUAAAGUCCUGUGCUGCUACAGAAUCCCUUCCUUCUGCUUGUGUUAAAUCGGAGCCCAGCCCCCCUCACGCUCAAAGGGCUUCCCCAAGGUUGCCAUCCUCUCAUGUGCCAGAUACCAGUGCAAGCUGCCAGGUGUCUUCAGCGCCCUCCUCUGAUGGGAAAUGCAGCGAGGAUGCCGUGGCACAAGGCAAUGGGUCCGACCUGUUAAAUCUGGGAGACUUGUCUAGCUGCUUAAGGAGCAUGAUGAAGGGAACUGGAGACAUAGAGCUGAACACGUUAGAUGAGCGGUUCAUCAAACUCCUGGCGUGGCAGCGGAUCCAGCAGCUCUUCGAACCAAAAGCACUUCCUGUGCAGAGCGAUGCAAAGUUACCUACUAUCCCCUCCUUCACACAGCGAAGCCGGCACACUGAAGCGCAAAAUAAGGAUGUACAGGCCCGAGCGACAUUUUAUCCUCUAUCUGGGAAGGGAGCAGCAGUCAGCAUGUGCUACAGAAGCCUUUACAUUGGAACUGGUGCUGACAUGGACGUGUGCCUUAUGAAUUACGGCCACUGCAAUUACGUAUCGGGAAAACACGCCUGCAUAUUUUAUGAUGAGAAUACAAAGCAGUACGAGUUGCUGAACUACAGUGAGCAUGGGACAACGGUGGACAACGUGCUGUACUCCUGUGACUUCUCAGAGAAAACAGGGCCAAGUCCAUCCAGUGGCCUGGUGUCCAAAGUGCAGAGCAUCAUCCGUCGCUGUAAAAAGAGGAAGCAGGAAGAGGAGAAGGAUGAGGACCAUGGCAAUGUUAGCGGAGUGAUGAGCAGCCAAGCUGUGGACUCGCACCUCCGGCCGUGCGGCUGCAAAGCGAGCGGCUCCAGUCUCAUAGGGGGCAGCGGUGCAGGGUGGGAGGGCACAGCGCUCCUCCACCACGGCAGCCACGUCAAGCUCGGCUGCCUGCAGUUCGUCUUCAGCAUCACUGAAUUCGCUAGCAAGCAGCCGAAAGAAGAAGAAGAAGGGGCGAGCAGCAUCGUGUGCAGCCCCAUCCAGCAGGGGGAGCUGCUGACUAAACCCACUGCCCAGAUCCACCAAGUGCCAGUGCUGCACCACAACCCUGUUCCUUAGCCCCGCCCACCUCAGGUGCCACCUGCGCCUCUUAACCAGCCUCGGAGCUUGGACUUGUACAAAACUACACGCUCUCUUUCAUAAUUAUUUAAUUGUUCAUACGUUUGCAUGAGGUGAAGUCUCUCUUUUUCUCCCCCCGUCUCUUUCAGAAGCUCCGAUUUUGUGGGAGAGUUGCACAUAAGGAACUUUUGUGUAUGUGUAAAUGCAAACGUCAUGUUUUUAAAAGGGAUCGCGUUCUUGAAAUGGCACGAACCAACGAUCAAGCGAGAAGUUUCCACUUGUAAAGAAAUCAGAGCACGUUCUAUUUUGUGCCAGUAACAAUAGUUUUUAUAUAAACACUUUUUUUUUUCCAUAAGAAAGAACCUUUUAUUUACUCAUUUUUAUUUAAAUGUUCUGUAUUUGCAAGUAUAGUAACGUUCUGGUGUUCCUUUUUCGCUACCUUCACCGUAGCCUCUUUGCGAUUCAGAUGUGUGCUCACACACAUGCGAAUACGCUUACACGUUGUAUAUAUGUCUAUGUAUCCGUAUCCUUGUAAUCCGUGUGAACAGUGGGGCAUCCACACACACCAACACCGAAAUGAAAGGAAUCCAUUGUAUACAGAUCAUGAUGAGGGAAGCAGUGGGUUCUGUGUACAUAGAACUAUUCUGGCUUUUUUUUUAUAUUUGUACAGUGCUUCAUUUGGUUGAUGUUCUGUAGCUAUCAAAGUGUUAAGUCCUUUUUUUUUCUUCGAUACUGUAGUCAUUAUGUAUAUGUCUGUUUCAAAGAGAUUUCAUCAGAACAGUUUCACGUACUCUGUUCUUACAAUUUUGACCAGUCUGUUAAACAAUGUAAAUAUCUAAAGAUUUUAAAUAACAUGCUUUAGAAACA